CUUAUGAUGAGUUGAAGACGCAGCGAGCUGUGUUCUUGUGUUUCAUUUUUGGACCUGUAAAGUAAUGGUCCAAAAUCUAUCUCAUGAUCAUGAUUUAUUUAGCGUUCCACCAUUGAAAUAUCAGAAAAUAUUCUAUAAUACAUGCUACGGCGCUACAUCAGGAGUUGCUAAUGGACUGCAGCCUAAUGGUUAUGGAGCACUUGGUGGUGUAAACAAUGGAAGAAUAAAAGGCUACGGAGGAGCCGGUGCUAUGAACAAAGGACAAGGAAGAAAACCACAAGGAUACGGGAGACAAGCAGGAACAACUAACGGACAACAAACUAAAGGCAAUGGCUUUGGAGCGCAAGGUGGAGCACUUGGCGGACCAGCAACCAAAGGCAAUGGUUAUGGAGUCCCCACUGCUGCUUUAGGUGCCAUUGGAAACAGAGGAAACAAAGGACAGAUGAAUAAUGGCUUUGGUACCAGAACUGGAAUUCUGGGAGGGAAUGGAGCUAAACCCAAUGGUCAAAAGUCGUCUGCAUCUGGAGUCAAUGGAGCACAACCCAAUGGAGCCGGAGGUAAAUCGAUGAAAGGAUAUGGAAAUCCGUCAUAUGGAGCAGGUGCAGGAUUGGGCAUGGGGGCCUCCAGAGGGAUGGGAGUUCCUCAGCUUGCCAGCAACCAAGGGAAAGCUUUUGGUGGCAAUGGUUAUGGUGCGCGACCCAUGGCAGGUUACAAUGGGGGCACUGGCUUUGGUUUGGGUCCUCAAGCUGGUAACGGAGGAAUGAAGGGGCCAAAACAAGGUUACCAAGCUGCUGCUGGUGCAUCCAAUGGACAGAGUGCGAAUGGAUUUGGAUUUGCUGCUGCCAGUAGGCCCACAAAACCAAUGUUCGGAAAUAUGCCAAAUGGGUACGGAGGGAAACCGACAGGGUACAAUGCCGCAAGAGGAGCUUAUGGAGCUGGAGCUUUGCCUACUGGAUAUGGACCUAAACCCAACGGUUAUGGAGCCAAGCCCUAUGGCCAGGGAGGCAAAUACGGUGCUGCUCUUGGUGGAGUUGGAGGUAAACCCAAUGGUUACAGCGGAGCGAAUAGAGGUAUGCAGACCCAAGUCACAAAAGGGGCUGGCGCCGUGUCUCCUGGUGAAGGUUCCAAAACUCUUGGCGCUGGGUUUGGAGGAAUGCCACAGGGCCAGGGUACCAAUGGUGCUGAUAUGUACAACGGUAAGGGCUUCAAGGGUGGAGUUCAGUCUCCACAACAACCCAGUUUUGCCACAGUGCAAGGUGCAGCUCAACAAGGAUUCCCUCAAGGAAAAGGCUACCAACAGCCACAGCUCAUCCCUCAAGCAACUGCAGCACCCGCAGCGAUGUUUCCCACUGGACCCACGCCUCAACCAGCCCUGACUGCUUUACAAGGAAUGGGUCUGAAAGAAAGCACAUCAGGACCAGUGGUGCCAUAUGUUGACCCUGCAUCAGAGCCUGUGACCCAUCCUCAAGGUCAUGGAAAAGGAUCUGGGAUGACGAAGGGACAGGGAGUCAAUCCUGACUGCGGACCAUCAGGAAUUCCUAAUGGACAGUGGAUGAAAAUACCACGUCCAGCUCACAAUGGGGCUGCGGGGGCACCAAUGGGUGCAAAUACCAAAGGCUUCGGAGCAGGAACUGGUGCACCAAAUGUAUUUGGGGCUAAAUCUAAUGGAAACGGUGCUGGAGGAUAUCCUGGACUUAACAAUGGAUAUGGAGCAGGUCUCGGAUAUCCCUACGGUGGAAAACCUAACCAGCCAACUUUUGGACAAGGAAUCUAUCCUGGCGCUGGAUAUGGAAACCCUUAUGGAGGGAACGCUGGAAUGGGUGAACCAGUGAAGUCAAAAUCUGGCUUCGGCAAUGGCUACGGGGUGCAACCUGAUUAUGCAAGUCUGGGCCCAAAUACACCUUCAGCGAAUGGGAAAUCAGGAAUGGGGCAGUUUGGACCAGGUGGGAUGUCUGGCAACAAGUAUGGAGGGAUGGGUCUAACAGGAAAAGGUCAAGCAUCGAACGGCAAAUACGGUAUCGGAGGGUUGCAGUUCGGCGGUGCAGCUCCAACAGGAAACAACUUAGCAGCAAAGAGCGGUGAUGGUGCCGGAGCAUUCAAUCCAGCUCAUGGAGCCAAAUCAUCUGGAAAAUAUGGUGGUGCAAGCAUGGGAGGAAGCCCUGCUAUGGGCCAAUACAAUCAGUGGUUUGGUGGUUUUCCUAAUGGUGGCCAACUUCUUGGUCUUGGCAGUGAGGUCAACAGACCAGGCAAAUAUGGUUAUGGUCAACUGCCUGCCGAAGCCCAGGGUGCUGCUCAGCUUCCUCAAGGCAAAUAUGGUGCUGCUCAGGGUGGGUCACAGUUCCAGUCAGAGUCUGUUGGAUUCAUACAACAAGGAAAAUCUUCAAGCAGUUAUGCAGGUGCUGAGGCCCCUUAUGUUUCUCAGUCUCAGGGGUUCGAUGGUGCAAAGUCACGGGGGAAAUAUGGAGCCGUUCCAUCGCUGGCCUCUGCAGUAGAGGCUGACGGGACGUUGGCCAGACAAUACGAGGAUGCAGGAUAUAUGAAUGGAAAAAUGCAGCCAGACGCCGCUGCAUUCCCAGCAGCUCCAACCCCCAGCACUCUCUACUCCCACCCAUCUGCUGCGUCCUAUCUGCCCGCGGAGUCGGCCUUCACGCCUGACGUGGUCCCUGGGGCCGGAGCUGUGGACCUGGCUGACCUGUCACGCACACUGGGCACCGCCACGGCUGCAGAAACCCUGAGUGCAGCCCAGGACUCCGAACAGCCGGACGAUCAGCAGGAGCUGCCGCGCCAGAUUCACAUUCAGCAGCACCUCAAACUGCAUUUCCAUCCACAAGGAGCCAAAGAUGAAAAGUAUGACUUGAACAGCUUUUUGGGGAACAGUGGCUAUCAGGGUUAAACCUAAGGACCGGAACACACCCUAAUCUCUGCCACUGCGUCACACUGACUGUUGAGUUCCUCACCCUAAGAUCAGUGUUUUGUUCCAGCUUUCAACCAUGUUGAGUUGAUCUACAUCCGUGUAAUAUAUCUUACCAUGACCCUGCGUGACCUGCACUUGUACAAGGAGAGAAAUGAUUGUUGUAUUCAGCAGUAUGAUGUUACUUGGUCUAAUUUAUUCAUCACGGGAAAUGUUUAUUUCUACUUGCUGCAAACACCUGUGUGUUAUUGUACAGUAUUUGAUUAAACUCAUCA